AUGAACCUCGACGCAACGCUGGACAGCGCGGAAGAGGCCCGGUUCCUUAGCAAGGUGGGUGGACUGGUGAAGCGGUUGGCUCGGUCCGGUGGAUCCCUGGCGCGCUUCACUCACCGCGAGCUCGAGCUAGUGCUGCUGCUCUACUACAAGCUCCUGAAAGCCGACCCGGACGGAGCGGGCGGACUGGUCUCGCGCCAGCAGCUCACCACCGUGCUCGACACGGCGUUCGGCAUCACCGACACGGUGGCUGUGCGCCGCAUCCACGCCGCCCUCGACGGGGGCACCAGCGCUCACGUCACGCCGGAGACCUGGGCCCGCCUGGUGGCGCUGUUCGUGCGCGGAUCGCUGGAGGAGCGCGUCCGCCAUUGCUACGCCGUUUACGACACCCAGCGGGACGGGCUGAUCCGGCGGGACCAGCUGAUGGUGCUGCUGCGGGACUGCGUGCGGCAGGAGGAGGGCGUCGAGGAGGCCGUCAAGGACCUGGUGGACAUCGUCACGACCCGGCUCGAUCUGGACCGGGACGGGGCGAUCUCGUUCGAAGACUACCGCCAGAGCGUGCUCGCCGAGCCGCUGCUGCUGGAGUGCCUCGGCCAGGCCCUGCCGGACCGCCGGCACGUGGAAGCGUUCGCGAUGACAUUCCUCGUCCCGCGGGAGGUGUAA